AUGGCUGCUCAGUUGGAUCACCAGCUGAAGCGUAUCCGGCGCCCCGAAGAUGAAAGGCCCAUAGUCAACGGAAGUCUCUGGAACUCAAUCACCAAUGUUCAUUUCGGCUUGCUUUAUCCUGUUGAUUCAUCCUAUACUAUAGGGAAAUCUUCCGAUUCAAUCAAUACAGAUUCCUCUCCUUACAUCGACCCCGUUCCUCCGUUUCAUGGUUGGUCUAAUACCUUAUAG